GGGGAAGAAAAUAAUCGUACGCGAAAUAGGGAUUAUAUUGACAGAUCCCAUUCGCGCCGCAAUCGGAGAGAUCGCUCUAUUUCCCCACGACUCGAUUAUAGGGGAAAUAAUUGCUAUUCUAGCGAGACUCCAUUGCGAGGCGAAUGCGGUCGUCAUCGCUAUGACUCAUCAAGAAGCGAUCAUCAUCAUAGGUCUCCCCUCCGUCGCAGUGGUAGGUCACGUCGAGAGUCCCCACAAAAAUAUCGGGACCUUCAUUACUAUUAUGAUAAUCAAUACAAUUCUCCACUGCGAGGCCGAGGUGAUUACCAUGAUUAUGAUUACCGAAGACACGAUCCAUCUCCUCCACGUCGUGGGAGACGUUAUGAAUCCCCACACUACUAUAUGAUGGAUGAUUAUGAUUAUUACGAUCGUAACGAAUCUCCAAUCCGACGUAGGGGCGAUGAUCGCGAAUCCCAUUCACAUAGAUACCGAAAUCGAUCUCCAUCACCUUAUGAAGAAAGACGGAGGGGUGAAGGUUAUAGGCGGGAUCCCCCGAGAGAAUCAUUUUAUGAUUCAAGCAUGCGAGGAUGGGAUACUCGCUCCCCUUCACCUAUUCGUCGUUCUCGAUCACCAUAUGAAGAACGGAAGGAUGACGGUUUUAGUCGGUAUCCUCCUAGAGAAUCAUUUUAUGAUUCGAGUAGGUGGGAUGCUCGCUCUCCUUCAUCCGUUCGUUACUCAGAAUGGAAGGGUAAAGACCACAGGCAGUCUUCCCCUCGAAGAUCAUUUCGUGAUCCUCAUCGGCGGAAUACUCCCUCUCCUUCACCCGUCCAUUCUCGAGUAAGCACUGAGUACCCUAGCACAUCUUAUUCCCAGGUACGAUCUAAAGGUGAAGGAAACCAUAGUUCACCCCCUCGAUCCUCUCACGAUCAUCGAAGGCGUGAGUCUUGGUCCCCUUCAUUUUCUCAUCAGUCAGACAGCGAUGGGUACCCAAGUGUUUAUUCAUCUUCUGAAGAAUGGACAACUGAAGAUUAUAAACGGCUAACCCCGCAAUCAUUCCAUGAGCGCUCGAGGGAUACUCGUUCAUCUUCAUCUGUCCAUCUUCAAGAUAAUAAUGAUGGAUACCAGAGUGAUAGUUGCAGAUUAGUGGCAUCCUCUCCAACAUAUGAAAAUUGUGAAACAAUAGACAAUAAUAUGCCCUCUGCCAAUAAUACUUCCUCACUGAAGCAUAUCAGGGUUACCCCAGAUUCAAUAGAAUAUAAGGGACCGAGUGGGUUCAACUUUCCCCCUCCCUUUAAGGCUCCAACCAAAGUUACUGAGGAAUCUGAAGUAGAAGUUAUUACUCAAUCUCUUAAACAUAGGUCAAUUGAACAACGAAUUCAUGUUUUGGAAAACAAGAUGGACUUCGUGCUUAAUCGCCUACAAAUCCUUAAUGAACUGGAGUCCUCUGUCGAAGACCUAGCCACUCAGAUUUCCAAACUUGAGGAACUAACACGAACUUCACAAGAAUCAAGGGGUCCCCUUAGAACUACUCCUGAGUCUAUAGAGAAUCAGACCUCUCUCAGCCAACCUAACUCCUCCCCAGUCCUGACAAAAUCCUCAGAGGAGAGUAUUUCAUGUAAUGGAUGUGAGAGGCUUGAUCCUAACGAACUCGGUUACCUAUAUGCUAAUAAAUUAGUAUCCAUCGAAACUGAAGAAUAUCAGGGAAACGAUCUGGGAUCGGAGGAAUGGGUCCUACCCCGAUCCCAAUAUGUAAGGACCAACAUCAACUCUCUCCCCCUGUUUCAAGUUCACACCAGAUAAGAUCUGUCCAAAAUAAUAAUUCUUCCUGUUCAGGUAGAAGCUUUGAUCUAUCAUUUCUAUCGGUUGAUUGUGAUGAGUUGAAACAGUUGGGCCAGCAGACGACUAGGGAUGCACCGGGCAAACAAAGCAAUCCCCCAUAUCACGAGGAAGGGACUCCUCUGCAUGUCCAUCUAAUCUCCUAUGGAGAUACUCCGUCAUUUAUGUGCACCCCUUGGCUGCUUCCUCCUUGGCCUCCACCUUAAAACAAAAAAAAGGAGGAGAGAGGGAGAGGGUGAAGUAAAGUAGACAGGGAGUACAUUGCAAUAUUGUAUAAUUAUUGUAUUAUGCUGCCACUUAUUUUUGUAUUUGUGCUCAAAGUUAUAUGAAUUACAUUAUUUAUAUAUUUGAAGUCUGUCAAAUUCUGGUACAUACAUAUUUCAUAAAACUUCCCUCAUGCCACAAACACCGGAAUACAGUUUACGGGGAAGGUUCUUAUGAUUAUCAAUUUAUGUUACAGAUUCAUAACUCUAUAAUUUAUGUAAUUCAUAGUAAACAUUUCAAGAUUCUUAUGUACACAGAUGCCUCUUUGUAAUUAAUGUAAUUCAUAGGAAACAAUUGAAAUGUUGGAA